AUGGCAGAGAACUCCCAACCCACUCAGGAUGCCCGUAUCAGCGAUAUGCGUCGUGAAGUGGAUGCAGUAAAAAAUGUAAUGGCGGCUAAUGUUGCGUCAAUUAUGGAGAGAGGAGAAAGACUGGAUAGCAUUGAAAGGCGCACGGAUGAGCUCCAAGCUUCGGUUCGUUUUCGCCUGUUUUUCAUCGUUUAUGCGCCGCUUGAAAGUUGGACUUGUGGCCUGGGCUUAUUUUGA